AUGACAGUUGAGCGAGUGAAGGCUGAAAAUGGGCCUGGGGAUGUAACUUCCAGACUAAUGGGGGCCGCUCAGAGGUCAUCCAUGAAAUUUUUCUCUUGCUCUUGUCAUUAUUUCCUGGGUGGUCUGUGUCUUCUAUUGACCACGAUCACCAUCGGACAUGCGUGCCCAAAGAGAUGUCACUGCGCUGAAAGGAAUGGCGCCGUGGUGCAGUGCACAUCACGUAACUUGGAGAACAUCCCCUCAAAUCUGCCCAAAGACACCGUGGUUCUCUUGCUCUCAUCCAACCAGAUUACACACGUCCCCAAGGAGGCUUUCACCGACCUCUACCGACUCAGGGAGCUCGACCUUUCCCACAACCUCAUCGAAAGCUUGGAGGUCGGCGCCUUUCAAGGAAUUUCCGAGGGCUUGAGGACCUUGGACCUUUCGAACAACCACCUCAGCAGCCUGCCCAAGGAAACCUUCACUAAACUGCAAGCUCGGGUUCGCUUGUCUCACAAUCCCUGGAACUGUGAGUGUUCUUUGCAGGAGGUGCUGAGGGAGCUGAGACUCGAUCCUGAGACCAUCAAUGACGUGAGCUGCUCCACGUCAGUGCAGGACCAAUACGUAGGGCAACCUGUCAUCCAGGUCCUGGACUCGGGAAUCAACUUUUGCAACUUCCACCAGAAGACGACGGACGUGGCCAUGUUCGUGGCCAUGUUCUGCUGGUUCUCCAUGGUGACAGCGUACAUCAUCUACUACAUACGGCACAACCAGGAGGAGGCCAGGAGGCACAUGGAGUACCUCAAGUCCCUACCAAGCAGCUCCCACAUCAGUAAGGACUACGAUACAGCCAGCAGUGUCUUUUAA